AUGAGCUCCGGUCUGGUCCCGCGUGGCGGGACGCGCGACGAGCAAGACAUUAUGCUCGGCGUCAGAUCAUCGUCGGAGACUGACGUGGAGGACCGCCUGCUUCCCGGCUCAGCCGACUACGGCGAGAAGCGUCAAUACAAACGCCAUGCGGGUCGUAAGAAGACGUUCCGAUGGAUCAUGGCCACCAUUUGCGUAUCUAUCCUGACACUCAUUCCCUUCAUUUUUGCCCAAUUCUUCAACGUGCAGGCCAAGGAUGGGCUGGCGGAACCCGCACACGAUGAGGACAACCAUGAAGAAAGUCCGCCGCCGCCAUCACCGGCGGACCAAGUGCCGGAACUGACGACGACGAUAACGCCAACAUCGACUUCUUCCCUUGUCCCCACUCAAAUACCACAAGUGAAGUUGACGUCAGACCAGCGAUUUAACUUGCAGACGGGAUUCAAGGUGUCGAAUGUGACGUUGCUGCGGGAAUAUGUGUUCAACAUCACGCGGCAGCAGCAUUCACCCGACGGCUACGAGAAGUCAAUGAUCCUCGUCAACAGACAGUCACCCGGCCCUCUCAUGGAGGCAAACACAGGAAACACCAUCCGUGUCACGUUGCACAACCAGAUGCUGCAAGAAAGUACCAUGAUCCACUGGCACGGCAUUGACCAGAGUAAAUCGGUUUGGAUGGAUGGUGUCUUUGGCAUCAGCCAAUGCGCCAUUCCUGCCAGCGAAAGCUUCACAUACGAGUUCAACUAUUUUGGACCAGCGGGGAACUUUCUUAUUAUCCAUGACCCGGAUGGAAAGAUCCCCCUUGUUGGUGAUGACAAAAUCAUCAUGGUUGGAGAUGUCUUUCAUGAGUACGGAGGCACUUAUCCGAGCGCCAAUCCACCGUGGGCUUCAAAGAGGCCCGCCAGGGAGCCUCCCCCUGACAAUGUAAUCAUCAAUGGCAGGAACACGUUCAACAACCCCAGCAUCGAAGGCGGUGAUGCAAGCAAGGCCGAAUUCGGCGAGGACCACAGCAGCCACAACAUGGAGAACAUGGGAAGCCCCAACACCCCCAGAGAUGGCCCUCCCCCCAAGUGCACAUGGGGCUCACUCUUCAACAAACGGGUCAAGAGCGGAUCCACCCCUCGCCUGCGUCUCAUUAACCACGGCGCAUCGGAGCCCGUCCUUGUGACGGUUGACAAUUGCCCUCUGCAAAUCGUCGAGAUCGACGGUGUCGAGAUCGCUCCCAUCGCCACAUCUCGAGUGUACAUGAACCCCGGUCAGCGCCAGUCCGCCCUCGUGAUUGCCAACCAGACGGCCGGAAACUAUGUCAUUCGUGCCGACGCCGCGGUUCGAUGCUUCCACAUGUCCCACAAGAACCAUAACUCGGGAAUGAUGCACGCCACGCCUUUCGGGGCCGCCGCGAUCCUGUCAUAUGACGAGGCGGACGUGGGCGUUCCGCCGAUUGGCAAGGCGUGGGACCUGAGCAGCAGCUCGAACCCCGGCAUCGGCAAGGAGCCGUGGGGAGACCGGUGCGAGGAUCUGCCGCACAACCUCCCGAAGCCAGUCGGAAGCAGACCAGCCUACGACGUUGGUUACAGGAACUACCAUUACUUCGCGUUCAAGCAAGAACGUGUCAGUGAAGUCGUCCGUACACACGUCAUUGAUGGGGGCAUUACGCCCGAGAAUCUGAACUCGCCUCAAUCGAAACUGGACUUUGUAAAGGAUCAGUUCGUCUUGGUGUCUAGGGAUGACAAAGCUGCGCAAAUCGUGGUGAACUCUGACGCUAUGAUGCUCGCGACUAUGCUGGGCACGUUGGACGGCACCGGCGAUGCUGGUGCCAGAAAGAAGGAAUUCUGCCCCGUGACAAAGGCACAGACCGGCGCCCCUCUCGCACAGCCCGUCCAGACCGGGGCACCCAAGCCGCCGCGGUCGCUUUGA